AUGAAAAAAAAUGGAGAAGGUUGGUGGGUUGUAAUUAUCGGGAAUGAUUCGCCGCCGCCACCGCCGCCAUUUAACAAAAAAAAAUCUCAUGACUUGUCGCAAUAUUUAUCGCACGUAUUUUUCCGUUAUAAAUCGAGUUUCCGAAUCGAUUUCGAAGAGAAUAAAAAAAAUAAUCGAUCGAGUGCAUUCGUAAUUAAAUAUCGAUUUCAAGAUUGA